AUGAAGCCAAGCAGCUCUUCCAGCGGCACGAGUCUUAGCAGUACUGCAGAUGACGAAGGGGGGGAUACAGCUGACAGAAGGGCUCCUCUCUCAAGCCAACCACGCUCUACUUCCACGUUCACUGCAUUCUCUGGCAAGCUCAGAGACCACCUGAGGGCACGACUCGAAACGGGAGUCGAUGACGAGCCAGAGGUUCACGAUACCUUUCUUCAAACGUGCGAAAGGGAAGCGGCGUUCGUUAUUGCUCGAGAAUACAGUUGUCAUGAACAGGAUCAACGAGUGAAGCAACAAGUCCUUUCGCAGGCAACGGCAAGUACACAGGCCCAAGAGCUUGAAGUGCUGUUCAUGCUCAGGGAGCCUGGGAGUUUGUUCUGGAUCAACGUUAUGGGUCUCGAAAACACCCUGUUGAGGAAGACUGCAUCCAUUUGCAAUCUCGAGCCAGAUACCUUUUUGAACGCUCUGAAACGCUCCAAGCAUCGACUUCACCGGACGACAGUAGAGUUCCACUCUUCUUUUAUGUAUUUCCAGCUGCUCAUUCAACAAACCAAACUCUCCACCGGUAAAGGCAACCAUCUGAGCGAUCCUUUUCUCGACAUGGUUCAAGAUUCAUGGAUCCCACCUCAAUCACGAAAAGCCAGCGAAGAUGUGAAGGAUUCGAAAAAGAGGGCAAAAAGAGAGCGCUGGGAAAAAUGGGUCAAGGGGGAUGAGUGGAAGGAUAUUGUGAAUGUAGGAUUCAUGAGCGUGUUUGUCAUACCUUCUGUCAACAUGGUCAUUACCGUCUCUCUUCCUUACUAUGGGGACCCUGCAAGCAGACUAGCUAUUGACAUGAGCAAAGCCUCGAUACCGGAGCACGAUCAGAGACAGAUCUACAAGGAUUGUCGGCUUUUGGGAAUAAGUGCGAUCCAUAGGGUUGUAGGAUAUGCGUCCGGCUGCAUGCGUCAGAUCAACCAGCUGAUCUCAGAAUGGGAGAGAGAUGUUCAUCAGAACUACACUACGUCUCGAGCCCGAGAUGUAAAGAAUCUAGUCCAUACCAUACUUAACUUCAAGCGAAGGCUGUUGCCCCUUAAAAGUGUUCACCAGAAGGUGAUUGAUGACGAUCGACAACCCAGAAAUUUGCUCCACCGCAAAGAAAUUGACACCGAUCUCGAGCUCGCUAUCGGAAUCCUGGCCCAGAGCCAAGAACGAAUGUGCGAGGUCAUGGAGGACAUAGAGUUGGCUCUUGACAGAUGUCGGCACCUGGAAGAGUUCACAUUCGUGAGCGUGCUGAGCUCUCAUCUCUGCUACCGGAUCUAA